UCCGUCCAGCCCGUUCGGCAUAACGAGAGGGGUGGCGGAGAUGAACGUCGAGGGCAUGACAUGGUCGUGGACUGCGAUGGUGGGGGGGGCGAAGAUUGCACGUCAGAUGACGACAACAAUGACAACGGGGAGAACGAUGGUGGCGACAUGGAGACUCGUCCGCUUGGAAGGAAGCGUGGAGGUACUCGGGCUACAAACAAGUCAAUGGAACCGCAUGCAGGGCGGAAAAGCAAGCAGGCUGUGGGUGACAUGUCCACCGGCGACGGGGGGAAAAGCAGGGAUUUUUGGACCGUCGACCAUAUGAUCGCUCUGGUCCGAGCGAAAAGAGACCAGGAUUUGCAUCUCGCCGGGCUGGGGCACAACUACGGACGGAUGAAAUCGAGGAAGUGGAAGUUGGAUGACGUUGAGAAGAGACUCGUGAAGGCGGGGGUGACUACUAGUAAGGCGGAGGAGUGCGGGAUAAAAUGGGACAACCUGUACCAGCAGUUCAAAUCCGUGCACAGAUUCAUGGGACAAUCCGAGAAGCAAAAUUUCUUCACAGUAACGCCGCUGGAGAGGAAGGAGAAAGGGUUCGACUUUCGGAUGGAUGAGCAUGUGUAUUCCGAGAUGAACACGGUGUCGAAGGCCGAUCACAUCAUUCACCCGGCGAAUCUCGCGGACACGGGUGCGGCUGGAGGGGUGCAUAUGGCCGGGCCACGUGGCGGCCGGAACGAAUCCGUGGCUAGGGAGGGAUGUGGGGAUGGACAGGAUGACGAUCAGGGAUCGACGAGGGAUUCAACGUUUAGUGGUAGUAGUGCAGGCGGAGGCGGCAAAAGAAGGAAUGUGAGACAACAGACGUUCGAUGAGAUCACCGACGUCAUGGAUAAGCACGGGAAGCUGAUGGCGACGGCGGUGGAUAACGAGAUCAAGAGGCAGUGUUUUGUUCUGACGAGGCAAUGCAACAUUCUCAAGCGAGAGUUGGAGGUGCAGAAAGAGCACUACGAGAAGGUCGAGCACGUGAACCUGAUGACGUGCAACGCCCUUUUGGAGAUCGUGAAAGCGAUCUUAAGAUCUGUCGGUCACUCGUGUCCGAGGUUGGCGCGAUCGCCACGUGUGCAUUUUGGGAGCACUGCGUCGUUGUCGUCGUCCUGCGUGCUGCAGUGUGCCGCGGUGGAGGUAGUGUAGACAUAGGAGGGGUCGUUCUUGCCCAUCACAUUGUUUGAUAUAGGUAUUGUUUGAUUAAUGUUUUAAGUAUUCAUUGCUCGCGUGCCCCACAGAGC